AAAAUACUGUUGAAAAUGUUUUCCUAUUUUUCUAAAAAGACGACGAAUAAAGUGUGUAAUAAAAAUAAUAAUAAUGGAUCCAGUGGUUUUGUUGAUGAAACACAAAACAGUUUUGAGAUAUGUGAUGAAAUAUUGGAGAGUAGAUCAAUACGAAAUGAACAUGCGAAGAGAACUUUAUCGGAGGAUCGUCGAAAGGAGUUUCAAGAAUUCUUACAACGUGUGCAGACAUUGCAGAUGUCACCGAGCGACGAAUCACAACAACAACAACCAUUAAUAUGUGAUAUUGAGGUCGGUGUCGAGCCAAGAAAUUCAAUGGAACACGAUGAAAUAAAUGCUAUAUCCAGUUGCAUUCAGAAAAGGCUCAAUGAGAAAUCAACAACGAACAUUCGUGUUAGUGUUGGCAUAGAUAAAGAUUUGGAAAUGAUACUUGAAAUGGAUCCAAGCAUCGUUGAUUUAGGUGAUAUUACCGUUAAGGAACCAACAGAUACUCGCGUUUUCGGUCUGCCUCCACUAACGGGUGGACCAACGUUUAAAACUGCAGUACCGACGUCUCGCACACAAUUAAAACUUCAACUCCAACGUGAACAGCAGCAACAGGAACAGCAGCAAAUACUAAUGCAGCAGCAGCAGCAACAACAUAUGCUACAUACGCAGGACCAAACAAUACUUAAUGGGUUCGGAUUGUCCACGGCAGGCUUUCAAUAUGACGCAAAUAACGGCUGUAAUAGAAGCAGCGCCUGCGGCAGCGGUAGCCUGAAUCAACAUCAGCAACAGAAACAGCAACAGCUGCAUCAGAAUCAGCAUUCAAUAACUCAGCCUGGUCAAAAGGAUAGGCUACUAGUAUCUAGUCCUGUUGCCCUUAAAGUGCCUUUGCAGAGCAUAGGCGUGGAUGUGCCGCCUCAAGUCCUACAGGUAAGCACCGUUCUAGAAAAUCCUACGAGAUAUCACGUCAUCCAGAAGCAAAAGAACCAAGUGAGACAGUAUCUCAGUGAAUCGCUCAAGCCUUCUAUCUGGGAAUGCCAAAAUUUCAAAAAUAAAACUACAACUAACUCGGCUUCAACAGACAAUUUACAAUGUUCUUCAGAGGCUAAUAACAGAAAUGAUCAAAAAGAAAGACCAAACAGUUUCGGAGGUGGUGACAUUGCUUCGAGUAUUAUUGGCAAAACCUUAAUGCAUUCCGAGGACUCAGCGCUUUUGUCGCCGUUUGGUGGAAAUUGUAGCUCAAGUUUUUUUGGAAAUGAUUUGGAUGGCCAAAGUGUUAACGAUCAGCCAAAAAGUUUUUUUAACAAAACCAAUUCAAAUGGAAACUCAUCUAUGACUGGCCGAACCUCGGGAAUUAUGAACACCAUACGCAGCUCCAACAUUUCCGGCGCAAGUACGACGAGUCCUUUGCAAUCAGUGUCAGCUCCUAUGUCGCCAAGCCUAAGUUCUGUGGCAACAAGUGCAUCAGAGGUAUGUUACAUCCGUAUAAUUAACUAUGUGUAACUUAAGGGAAAUC